AUGUCUGAAAAACUUGAAAUUCGCCUCGUCACCUACAUGUGUCCAACGCACCCGGUAGAACUAUAUGAGCUGAUCGUAGAACUAUUGGAGAAGGCAUUAGAUUGUUAUGUCGUUCUUCAAUAUGAUAGUCGCAGCCCUGGACCAAUGACAGACCGACCGGAUCCAUUCCAGGAAAACAAAGUUGAUGUGGCGUUUAUCACGGCGACGGCAUAUAUGAAGAUGAAGCUUAAAAACAAAUUCGCCGAACUGUUGCCCGUAACACCAGUCUUCGCACACCAGAUGAACGUCGAGAAUAAACCUGGUUACUUCUCCGAUGUCAUUAUUCACAGAGAUAAAAAGGCACAUAACGUCAAUACACUGCUGGACCUUCGCGGAUGUACUUUCGCUUACAACAACGAAGAAUCUCUCAGCGGAAGCAAAAUCGUUCUUAAAACGCUCAAGGAAAAGGGCGAGAAUGCUUCCUUUUUCGGCUCACUACUAAAGUCCGGAUCACAUUUGGCCUCUGCUCAAAUGGUCUUAUCUAAGCAAGCAGAAUGGGCGGCUGUUGAUUCGACAACUCUUUUAAACUCGAAAAGAUACAUGCACGACGGCGGGAAAGAUAUAAUAACUUUAGAAACGUUAGGACGUCUCCCACCAUAUCCUAUUCUUGUAAAUUCGAGAUUAUCAGAUACUAUCAAGGAGACCAUUACACAAAUAUUCUUAGAUAUAUCAAAAAGUACUCAUUGGAAGAGAGAAUUUGGCAAGUUCGGUGUAAUAAAGUUUGAUACAAAUAGUGAUAAGUCCUAUGAUGGGCCGGCUGCACAGAUGUGGUCCAUCCAGAACGAGACACUCAACAUUAGAUAUUAUUAG